AUGGGUCGAAGCGGUCCCACUACUCCGCCAAGACGUCACAUCCGUCGCGAACGCCGUCAACAGGUCCUGAAUUUGCCGUUGGGGCCUCCCCUAGCCUUCCACACCAACUGUGGGAGCAAUUUCGACUCACGACUCUUCCAGGAAGUUUGCCGCACUCUGGACGUCAACAAAACCCGCACAACUCCCUAUCACCCCGAAGGCAACGGCCUCGUCGAACGAACCAGCCGCACCCUUCACAACUAUCUUCUCGCCUUUUGUAAAGACAGUCACGAACAUGACUGGGACACACAACUACCCUUCUGCCUUAUGGCAUACCGGAGCUCAAUCCACUCCUCCACCGGUUUCACACCCCGUAACCUCUGGACUGGGCGCGACCUACGUCUUCCAGUAGACCUUCAACACCCCUUGGACGUACCCGACCCCAAUUCCGUUACCACAUACGCCUCCGAACUCCGCGAAACAAUUCGGACCGCCUAUAACGCAGCAUGCGAGACGCUCGGCGCAUCAUCAAUCCUCCAGAAAACACAGUGCGACCGCCGUUCGACCGGAACCACACAUCAAAUCGGCGACUUGCUUAUGCACCACAACCCAAUACCUCCGCGAGGAGUGUCAGCCAAAUUUCAUUACCCGUGGCAAGGCCCCUUUGUCAUCCUAGAUACACCGUCCCCCACGACCUACCUCUUACGCGACGCUUCCCAACCCCACGCGCCAUGCUUCACAACAAACUUCAACAAACUCAAACCCUACCGCGAUCGUCUUCCCAUCUGCACACCCAUCUCCCUACCCAUUAUCCCAUAUGACCAGGUCCCCCCAGCGGCAGUCGAAGUCACUAUACCCUCCCCCAUUAUACCCAACAGCACUGAGGACAGUGCUGCAUCUUCGAAAGGGGGGCUAUGUAACACUCCAACAGAACUGACGGACAAAAACUCUUUUGUUUUAAUCGCGAUCACUCUUUUGUAG